ACUGAGCCGAGCCUUGGCAGAUUUGUUUGAAAGGCGCCAGGUGGAAGGCUGUCACAUUCCUCCAUCCUCCUCCUUGGGGCGACGUAACGGUGAGAUAAAUACAUUAAAUAGUGAAAAGCAGAGUGUGUGAGGAAGCCGAGGAGAGGAGCAAGAGGAGGAGAAGGACCUACGAAGCGAUAUAUAAGAAGAAGACUUAUUACGGUGACCUUCGAACAGCACCUACGACUGGCUCGGUAGAGGACUCGGAAGUCAUCAUCUGGCAUCAUGGAUGGCCCCAACCUUCAAAUCAGAGAUUGCACCACUGUGGCCUAUGACUACCUCCAGACCAGGUCAGAUAAGAACUCUGUAGCACUCCAAAAACAGCUACAGAAUCUAUCAUCAGUCACUGAUCUGGAGAUCUUUGAGGCCACUUCUUCAGAGACCCUAGAACUGUACCUGUGCCUGGGGAAGUUCCUCACCCCAUGUGAGGCAAGGUCCACUGUGGCAGGGAAAGUGUUGGCCCUCCUCACACACAUCUCGGUGUCUCCAGCUGUCAGGGUGGCACUCAGGGAUGAAAUCAAACUAGUUCCUGUACUGAGCAACUUUUUAGUGAGCUCCAAACUCUCCAGAGACAAUCUGCUCAAGACUCUCAAUCUUCUAAAUGAUAUCUCCUGUAGACUCAAGGUUGUCCAUCUUGAAGGAUGGCUCAUGGAUGUGGUCCCAUACCUGGCCACCACUGUAACAGAAGGAAACAUGGGAGAUGAGUCCUUGCUGCUGGCUCUCCAAGUCCUGGGGAAUCUGUGUCGCUCCAGCCCUGUGGUGGUGGACUGCCUGUACCACCUUCCCAACAACAAGCUGCUGCUUGAAACACUGUCCCUCAUGAAGAAUGCUACAAUGUACAUUAGACUUCUGGCUGCCGAGAUGAUGUUCUUCAUAGACCCCGCCAUGAAUAUUGCUGAUAUUUUAAAUGAUGAAAUAUUGGAUAUGACUUUCACUGUUGCCAUUGAGGGUGUUGAAGAGAACAAAGCGUCAUGGGUCCAACUUGCUGCUGAUGUGUUUGAAGAGUUGACGCGACUACCCUCCUUACAAACUGUUUUGAGAGAAUACAAAAAUUAUGCAACAUACCUGCAGUUGCUUUUGGGAUGCAUGACACCUGACAUUCCUGAGCUCCUGAACGAGGCACUGAUGGGCUUUGUGCAUCACCUGGUGAAGUUCAAUCAUCAAGACAUCAGAUCACUCCAUGACACCAUAUUUUCAAAAGUGGUGCAGUGGAUCCAGUCCCAGAAAUGUGGACAGGUAGCAAUUCAAGUGAUGAGAGAGUUGUUGGCUGCAUCUGGUAUGAACGCUCUUUCACAAUCCAGUAUGGACAGUUUGGUGACAGCCAUUAAGAAUUCUCUAUCAUGUGAAGAAUCUGAGGUAAGCCUCACCGAGUUGCAGCACAUUAGUAUCGUCUUGGGCUUGGUAGAACAUGUCUCUUCCACCAGUGAACCUCUUCAGGUCAAGUUUGCAUUAAAACUUGAACCCAGCAUAUUUUCUAAUAUAUUGAAAACAAUAUUAUUGCUUAAUUCUCACCAUACUGCUGGUCAAGAUCUUGUAUCUGGUGACAAGCUGACAACCAACCCUAUGUCGGAUUCUGGCUACGAUGCUGAAAGUGCCAGACAUGGAGCACCAGCCUACCAAGAAGCUUCUGCAGCCUUCAGGUACGACCUCAAGUCAAGCCAGAAAAUAACUUUGUCAAAAACCGUCAUCAAUAUUGUGGCAGUCACCAAAUAUCUUGGGUCAAUCAAGCCUGAACACAUGGCGGAGUACAAGAAGAUGAUGGGAAUGCCGGCAGUAAUGAGCCACAUAAUGUGGGCUGUGCAUUCAGGACUAACAGAGUAUGUCACCAGAGCACUGACUCUUGUUUCAAAUGGCAGCCUCUCUAAAGAAUGUCUGGAUGCCCUUGUUGUAGCAGCCACAGAAGAGAGCCCUUCAAAGGUCAAUGAGUCUCUGCAUGGUUCUCACACAAUGCUGUUUGGCUUGCAGAAGCAUGUUUCAACUUUUUCAACAGACAUUGAGGAAAAAGUGGACACAAUUAUAGACCGCCUUGGGGGCAGAAUUCGAAACAUGGAGUUGAAUGACUGUGCCUUGACCGAUGUGUUCAAUGUGUAUGAAUACAAGUUGGCUUCCAUGACUCACUAUGAAAAGUCACUCCAGGAUGCUCUCAAGAAUGCAAAUAUUCACAACAGACAAACACACCAUAUGCAUCUCCAAACCAAAGUCCAGAAUGAUCAUCUAAGAAGUCUUCUGGCCAAAUGGGAGAACCGUUUCCAAAAGUCCCAAGAAGAGAAAUCAGAGCUCCAGGAAGCUAUUAAGGAACUUGAGGAAUCAUCAAGGCAAUUCAAGGAGAGCUUCAUUGAUGAAAAAGAGAAGUUGGAAAGGCAAACAAGAGACCUGAAGAGAGAAUUGCUGGCUCUAACAGGUACCUUCAAGGCAGCUGAAGAAAAGAACAGCAAGUUGCAGCAUCAGUUGUCGAACAAAGUGGAGGAAAUCAAGAAUCUUCGCAGCCAGAUUCAAGAUGAACAAGAAAGAAUAUCAAAGUUGAGCAAGCAAGUUCAGAAACAGGAGGAAGAGCUAAAACUAGGAGUGAAAAAUAUUGAGAAGCUCAAGAAAGACGUAGAAAAUCUUGAAAAUACUAAACUACGGCUGGAGAAGGAGAACAGUGAUUUAGAACUGCUGGUGAAGAAUAAAGAUGAAUCCAUAGCAGCCAAGGAGGAGGAGCUGGAGGAAACCAUCAUCAAGUUGAACAAGUUAGCUGAAAUACAAAACAUGAUCCAUGAUAUUUCUUCUCGGCGUGUAAUUAAAUAAGCUUUCCCUUCUGGUGUCAUGCCAUAUCUUCUAAGCAUCUAUUUACACAAGAAGGGAAGUGUAGUGAGACUUUUAUAAAAUUUAAAAUAAUACAAAGGA